AAAAGUUUCACCGAGGAUAUCGUCGUUGAGAUACUCUUGAGGCUACCGAUCAAGUCUUUGAUGCGAUUCAAAUGUGUCAAUAAGCGGUGGCGGUGUCUAAUUUCUGACCGCGGCUUUGCCAAGUUGCAUUUGCAAAGGCUAAAGGCAGGGGAUAUAACUCCUAGCCAGAGAAUCGUCAAGAGCAGCCCCCUUGAGACCAUAGACUACGAACUGCUUGAUGGUGGCAUUGGUGGCGAUGAAGGUAGCGCAGGGGUAAAGCAUCGUGAGCCAAGAAUGGACGAUCCUAGCUGGGAGCCUGAUCUCGUGGGGUCUUGCGAUGGCUUGGUCUGUCUAGCUGUCCGCCGCGGAUUUCUCCUAUAUAACCCGACCACUGAGGAGUCUAGGAAUUUUUCUAGUUCCGAUCUUGUUCUAGGAGAUGACUUCUUCCAUGGAUUCGGGUACGACUCUGCAUCUGAUGACUAUAAAAUAGUUCAGGGUGACGGUUCUAUAGAAUGUCAAGUGGCGAUACUUUCGUUCAAGUCCAGUUGUUGGAGAAGGAUACAAAUCCAUCAAGAAAGCCACCUCGCCGUUUACAACCGAGGAGUUUAUUGGAAUGGGUCCUUCCACUGGUGUGUUGUCGACGAGAGUAGAAACAAGAGAGAGGCUGUGAUUAUGUCAUUUGAUUUAUCAGAAGAGAAAUUCCACCAGGUGCUUUCUGUGCCUGAAGUCGAUGGGGACAUAGUUUUCGAGGGACUUGGCAUCCAUGGGGCCAAUCUGUUCAUCUACCACGGCACCUUUGAUGCCCGCUUUGAAGCAUGGAUAAUGAAUGAGUAUGGGAUAGGAGGAUCAUGGACAAAAUUGUUUAGUGUCUCGACUGAAGGCAUACCUGGCGGGGAACUUUGGCUGAUCCCCGUCGCCUACACAAGGAGCGGAAAAAUUGUUUUCCAGAUCGAUGUGUACCAGAUGAUUCUGUUCAAUCCAGAGGAUAAUACUUACAAGAAUUAUCCCAUUCAGAGUGACAACAAUGUCGAAUCUGCUAUCUAUGUGGAAACUCUUAUUUCUCCCUCUCUUGGCUGUGAGCCAUUAAGAAUCUAGUGCCUUUUAAGAGAUGUUAUAUUGGAUUUGGUUUUACCGUUUUCGUUCGAGUUUAGUUUUUUGGGGAGAACUGGCCAUCUUG